UUUUUCUGAUGCGGAAGCAAGUGGAUGUGCAGAACACAGUGAAGAAAGGGAUAGAGAAUGAUGCGUAAAAGGACAGCGAAAACGACGCCGCAGUGAAUUCAGGUUCCAUUAUCUCGCGAGGUAAACGACGGCGCCUGUUGGUGGUGGUGCCGUACGCAUCAUUCCAUUCAUCGUCAUCACCACCUUCCUAAAACGACGUCGUAUCCAUCACCCCUUGCCUUUCCUCUUUCUCACCUUCACUGUUGUAGCUUCCCAAAAACGGUCAAUGGCAUCUUCUUCAGACUCGUGGGUGAAGGAAUAUAAUGAAGCACAGAAACUUGCUGAUGAUAUAAGUGGCAUGAUUUCUGAGCUGAGUUUGUUUCCUGCAUCUGGACCAGAAACUCAGUGUCAUUCAUCUGCUAUAAGAAGGAAAAUUACAAUAUUGGGAACCAGGCUUGAUAGCUUGCAAUCCUUUUUGUCAAAGCUUCCUGUUUCUGGGAAGCAGCCUAUAUCUGAGAAGGAGAUGAAUCGUCGCAAGGACACGCUUGCGAAUUUGAGAUCAAAAGUUAACCAAAUGGCUUCCACAUUAAACAUGUCAAACUUUGCAAAUAGGGAUAGUUUGCUUGGGCCAGAAAUAAAACCAGAUGCAAUGAGCCGAACAGUUGGCCUGGACAACAAUGGAGUUGUUGGACUUCAACGGCAAAUUAUGAAAGAACAAGAUGAGGGCCUUGAGAAAUUGGAGGAGACUGUGGCAAGUACAAAACAUAUUGCUUUGGCAGUGAAUGAGGAGCUGGAUCUACACACUAGGCUCAUUGAUGACCUGGACCAACAUGUAGAUGUCACAGAUUCUCGGCUUAGGCGGGUGCAGAAGAACUUAGCAGUUUUAAAUAAACGAACCAAGGGUGGUUGCUCCUGCCUGUGCAUGCUUUUAUCAGUGGUUGGUAUAGUGGUUUUGGUUGUUGUCAUUUUGCUAUUGAUAAAAUAUUUGUAAUGAUAAAAAUACCCAAUUUGGCAAGCGUAACAUUUUGUCUCUGUUUCUGGACGUGUGCAUCAUAACUGGGUUUCGUGAUUUCUGUUGAUACUUUUCCAAAGAGAAUUUGUUGAGGUUGUGGAAGAUGUUGUAUUGUAAUUGCCUAAUUGGAAUUUUUAAGCGUUUAAAUAACGUGUGUUUUUCCCUUGUGAAAAUAUGAAAGUUAAAGUUACUGGCU